CGGCUUGUUACUUUGUAGUUAAGUCUGUACUGAACUCACAAGCUCCGGUAUCUGAGAUAUUAUUGAACCAAUAUUUGUUCGACACAACGCGUCCAUGCACGAUGAUGUAUACAGAAAUGAUUUCAUUCUGAAAUACCACAAGGCAGUAGGCAAAACUGAGGAGACCAGGAGAAUGCAGACCUAUACCUGGACCCAAAGUGGACUGGAUCGAUCCAUCGCUGGACAAUCCUCAAGUCCCCAAGUUACCAGUGGUCAGAUGAGUGAGAUUCCAAGCAGCUAUUCUCGUCAAUAUGGGCCAGUCAGACCAGCUGUCCUGUAUAUGGAAGGUGGUCAAUGCCUACCACACAGCGGACAAGUAACCAGUGGAGGUUACUGGAGUGGACCGACCCUGAAUCAACAGGCUUCAAUGGUUAACAUAAACUCAUCUCAGCAUUCACCCACCAGAGAGCAAGUUCUGAUGGGUACUAGUCCCCUUUUGACAUCACUCUGGACUAACAAUGCAGCGGCUGAUCAAUCAACUGGUGUUACAUCACAAAGUGGAAACCAUCACACCUUGCCCGGAAGGGUUAACAGUGAAGCUCAUCCCAUUUUCCAGCAGGGACAGGGGUUUUUGGGUGUUAAAAAUAACAAUCCACAGAGGAUUGUUAAGGAUGGUCAGGGUGCAACCAUUCACUGCCCCCCUCAUAUUAAUGCACCACUGAAUACAAAUGUUAUGUAUCAUCUAAGCCCAGUGAGUGGCAGUCAGCAGCUUGUAGUUGGCAGACAAGAUGGGGCCUCCAGUGGUACCUCUGCUUCUCUUGCAAUGGGUAGGAGCCCCAACCAUGUAAAUCAUGUAGUGAGUGGGCAGGAUUCAAGAAGGAUAGCAGUUCAAGCUACUCAUCAGGGAAACUCACAAACACCAAACUCUUUGCCAAGUGCACAGGAAACAACAUAUAACCAACUGUUGUAUUUACCUCAAAAUCAGAACAAUGACAGCAGGACUGAGAUGAACAGGGUUCAACAUGGAGUACCUGUCCACACUGGCUCAUCAAACUACAGUCAGAUGUAUCCCUCUCAACUUCUCACUGGCAUCAACAACCAGGUCAAUGUACCAAAUGCUGCAGUGGGAAUGCCAAUGCAUAACAUUAGCCAGAAUCCUCAGUACAAUGUACAAAGUACAAAGUAUAACCCCCCUUUUAAUAAUUCUCCAAGACAUGUCCCCAUCUGCCCUAAAAGCCUUCCCAUCCUACCACAACAGAACAGACUCCCAUCUUAUUGUGCAAAUAAUAACAGUCAGUUAGGGCCCAUUGGAAAUAAUGCACACCAUGCCUCUCAUCCUAGGCUCCAUAUCCAAGGCACAGGCCCUACCCUACAUUACAAGCCAGACUGCACCAAUGUUCUGGUAUCCAACACUGGACCAUCUCCAUCUGUUCCAAACUAUAGUAUACAGUCCUCAGUCCAGCACAACCGUGAAACCGCACCUCCACCAUACCCAGUCCAGCAGAUGCGUAAGUCCGCGCCUCCUCCAUACCCAGGCCAGCACUCCCAUAGACCCGUCCUGAACAAGAUAGAACAUGUGGUUGGGGCAGGAGCACAUUUUCUGCAACACUUGCCUAACCAAGGCACAGCCCCUACCCUACAUUACAAGCCAAAAAACAAUUAUGUUCAGUUAUCCAACACUGGACCAUCUUCAUCUGUGACAAACCAUGGUAUGCUGUCUUCAGGCCAGCGAAACUGUGAGUCUGUGACUCCGUCACACCCCAUAAGACAGGGCUAUUACAUAACAGUAACAGAGGACGAAAGUGGAAAUGGAUUUAGAACAGAAAAUUGUAUUUUCAUAGGAGAUAAACCUAAUGAAAGUGCUCUGGUCUCGCAAGGAUCUUCUGCAAGUAAUGCCCCCUCUGUUCUUACGGCACAGAAGGCCAUUGCAGUUGUACAACCACUAUCGCAGUGUAUGCAGACAAACACACCUCUAAAUGUGGCUGAUAAAAUCUCCUUGACCACCCAAGCUAUGUCUUUCUUAACAGGUGUUGGAAAUGUGAGCAACCCUGGGGAACAGUCUUGUGUCCAAAGUCCAUCACAAUGCCAAACAACCCUUGCACGAUCUGCUUCUUUGACAAAUGAAUCAGAACAAGAAGUCCCCAGGAUCGGACUAGAAUCGGGGGCUGAUAAAACAUUGACUCAGGGUUCAGAAACUUCUGAUGUUGAAAUGGCCAAGACAUAUUCAUGUUUUAAGUCUCAACGGUCAUUAUCAAACGGGUUACGUGCAGAGAAAUUUGAUUCUCAACCAUUAUCUAAUGUGGAAUGUCAAGCCACUCUGAGAAAAGAGUUAGCUGACCCAGAAAUGACCACUCAUGUGAAUGUUAACCAAUUGAGUGAGGAAACGAAUGAAAAAGUCGAUACCGAUGAGGACAUUUUUGAUUUGUCCUCCAUUCCUGUAAUCAAAUGGACCCUUGGUAAAUUGAAGGAGUUGGUAGAUACUGUGCAACGUCAAAAAUGCACUGCCACACUAGUUGAAAGCAAAAUACUAAGCCUCUAUUGGGAUGGAGAUGGGCCAAAGCUUAUGGAUGCUGCAAGAUCUGGUAUGUUACAAAAUAUAAUGCAAGAGGUUAGAUCUGUGUGUGGCGACGAUGACGAUAUGUCAUCACAGUCUGUCAUAUUUUCACAAGCCAGGCGCAAAAACUGGGGUCAAGUUGAAGAGAAAUGUGCUAUUCUUAAACAUGAUUCUGUUCACCCAGAGUUCCCGGCACAAGAGUCAUCAUGGUUGAACACAAAUAAGCAGCUUGAUGACAUAGACAAGGAGUUUGGAUUCCCAUGGUCACUAAGAUAUGACCAAAAGACUCUUCAAAGAGGAGAUGAACAACCAAAACUGAUUUGUACCGAAAAUGAAAAAUCUACAGCCUCUGCCAAUGACAUGCAGACUGAGGUCACUCAGGCGAAGAGACCAACACCCUCUGAUUCUGAUGCUAAAGAAAUUCAAGGGUUAGGUUUGGCACACAGUUCCACCCAGACCCUCUCACUGGUUAAGAGAGAAAAAGCAGGUAUCAUUUUUAGUGACCCAUUUUCCUCCCUGGAGAUCAACGUGCUGACACCAGAAGAGGCUUUGCAGUUUUUCAGUGGGCAGCUACUACAAGAUGAAGUGAACGAAGACCUGUUGGAAUUGCCAAUGGCAAUGGAUGCGGAGUUGAAAGAUUACUCAGUGGAGGAUAAAUCAUCUGAGCGGGUAGAUGUGAAGUUGACUGAUUUAAAACUCAAAAACAAAGGGGAUGUCCAAUCAGAAGAUUACUGUUGCCUCUCUCGUUGGAUGGCAGUGUUCAGUGGGUCCACCAAUUCUUCGUCCUGCAAAUGCCAAUACAAGACGAAAUUGGGUUCAGUAAAGGCCACUGUGAAUGCGACUGCAUUGGUUGAGGUAACAUUGUCUGUUGAACCCAGCACAACAAAAGCAGAACAAAGGGAAUGUGUGCAUUUGUGUAAAUCAAAUGGCACAGCAGAAGAAAAGAGUGAAGAGAAUCCUGUAAAAAAUGUGAAUCCUCAAUCUUGGACAUCUACAGGCAUUGAAGAAUGCCAAACAAUUGUCUUGUCUGAUAGAAAAUCUGAGACUGCUCACAUAUACAUAAAUGGAGUGAAGAGCUUGCCUUUGUCAAAAGCCCCAGCACUGCAACUCCCCAUCAACCACACAAACAUUGUUGAAAUUGAAGAGGUCUUCUCGCGUUAUGAAGACUUAAUCAAAGUAGCCACCUCAAUGUCGGAGCUAGUUUGGGACGAUGUACAGCCAAAGCAGAAACUACCAGGUUCGUUCCAGAAACAUGUGGAAUGUGUACAAGAACUUGGUGUCAUUUUGGAAGAAGGAAACCCUAGAGGUAGUGAAGUCGUUCCUACAGCUCCCAUUCCUACUUCUAAUCUGCAACCUGAAGCAACAGACAAAAUCGGUUUCCUUACAUCACUUUCCUUGGCACAAAGAUGUCACAAACAUCUCUCGCCUAAAACAAAUUGUAGCUACAAGGUUAAACAAAAAGGGGUUGGACUCAAGAGAAGAUGUGUUGAAAGUCCUCAUUCAAUUGUGCCUGUCCCAAGAAAGCAAAGGAAAAUGAGGGACGGAUUAGGUCCCUCCUUUCACCUUGUUCCUGAGGUCAACUUGACUGAUGAUGAUGAAGAUUUUGAGCCCCCCAAUACAACUACUUCUAAGUCUUUGGAAGAAGAGAAACAUUCAAAAGGUAGCAAUCUCCAGAAGCCAACAGAACAUGGAAUUGGGAACAACAUUUGGAGGGUUGGCACAGUAAGUCUAGCCUUGUUUGGUUCCGCGCUCCAACGCAAGGACCAUAAUGCUUCUCGAGCCAGACCUUUUGCAGACAAUGCUCCAGCACCUCCUGUAACCCUCCGUGUGAAUGUCAACUCCUGGACAAUGGAGCCCUCCGAGACCAGUCCUCCAGUGGAAAGCCCAAUCAAACAAUGGAUCUUAAACGAGUGGAAUAAUAGUUUUAUCCCGACAAAGACAAAGUCCAGGGGCAAAGUGCCAAGACUACAAAACAGAAGAAGCGUUGCUCCAAAAAUAAUUUGUGCUGAAAUGGCUAAAAAGAUUGUUGUCCUCACCAACACAGAUAGAGGUGCAUUAUCCUCUGAAAGGCGAGCCACACCAGAAAGAACUGUAAAGGCCAAGCAGACUUUGCGGCGCAUUGAAAGAGAAAGAAUCUUAAGCGGCCUGAAACUCAGACUGAAGAAAUCUAGGAUUGAGGCAGUGCCAUCCGGUAUCCCUGAUAUAGUGGAAAAAGGUAAAUAUGAGAUCGGAAACCCUGCUUCUUUUCCUCAUGAGGAGAACAGGCUUAUGUUUAGUGUGCUGCCGGAGUCGUUCAACUUCAAAGAAUUCAUGGACCCUCCGACACAGACAGGUUCAAUGACUGACAUGGCUGGUCCGGUUGCUGCGAAAGCUGAGAGUCCUAAGGCAAUAGUCCAAAAAUCCAAAGGUGUAUGGUCUGUUGGCAUUCAGAAGCGAUAUUGUCCUCUCACCUCUUUGACCACUAAAGUUCCCAAGUCUUCCUCCACCACCUUCCAGAAGUUUCAGAAGAAAUUCAAGCAGAAGAAGUAGGCCUGGCAGCUGACCCACGACAAAUUGUAUUGCUUCCAGUUAUGGACUGGGGGAGUGGAGUGAGGACUGUCGGAUGACAAUCUGAUUCUUGUAACUUGUUUCCGAUGGAAAUUUAUGUACAAUUUUAGUUUUUAAUGACAAAUGUUCAUAACCAAUGUAUAUUCUUUGGGAAUGCAGAAAUUGACCUCAUUGUGGUAAGGUUGGGCAGCUCAUAAUACAGUUAUUAUUUACUGUAGUUAGCGUUUACAUUCUUAAGUGACUGAGAAUUUAUCUGACAGUGUCCUCUCUACCUCAGGCCUGACAGGUGUUGGUUACACUUUUCUGGGCUCCGUUAUUUACUUAACGAAUAAGGAACACUCAAUGUGCACUUAAAUCAGAACAGUUUUAAUCAAUAUACAGCUGUAGACAGAAGUCAAACAUCAGACAUACAACUGAUGUCUCUCCUGAGUUCUGCCAAAAAGGAAAAGUCCAAGUUGCUUUUAAUAUGCUUGCAGUCAACCCCUAGUGAUGUAAAUGCCUACGUCAUUACCUUCUUCUCAUGAGACCAAGCCUAUGCAGCUAUUCAAACAUUAGUUCCAGUGUUAUCUAAAGGCUCAGCAGUAAAUGUCCCCAAGUUGAUUUAUGGUGGUAUGUCUGACUCGUCUCUUAUCUCUUACACUCCCCUGCAGGGUUCUGUGUCUAUGAAUCUCUUUUUUGGGGGGGGGCACUUUCUCACAGACACCUUGUUUUGACUGCAAUAACUCUCAUCUCUCAGACCGUUUCUUAUAAGAAGCAGAGACUAGAAAAUAACUGGAACAAUAUUACACCUUAUAAUGCAUAUAUAUAUAGUUAAUCUGUAGUCUAGGACCCUAUAAAUGUAAGGGGGAGGGCUCUUAUAACCCUUCCCCUUCUAUUAAUACAACAUAAGCAUAAUCAAUUAUUAUUAUACAUCAAACAUUUGGUGCAGCCCCUAUCAUGACCCCAAGUUGACCCCAUCACAGGCAACAUUGCGAAACUUAAUCUAAUUUAAAAACCCUAAACUAAAGUUUUGUGUGUCAUUGGAUGGCUGUUUUUGUAAUGUUUUUUUUCUUGUCAGUGUUGUAGCUGACAUUUUGGGGGGUAAACAGUAUUUUAUGCAAACCUCAUGUUUACUGUUUUGAAUGCAUCACAGAAUGUGAACUAUGCAAAAUUGACUGCGGUUUGUAUGAAUUUGUAAGAUCUCAUUCUGCCCACCUCUCUACUGUUCCCUUUUACAAUCUUAUAACAAGUGGGUACCUUACCAAUAGUUAUUUUUCUGGCUUAAAUUGAUUCCGUUUGUUGACACGGGAUGAACAGUAUUGUAUGAUUUUAGAGAUACUAAGCCAGCUGAAACAAGGUUGCUUUGCAGUAUUCCGGAUGCAUAUAGCAGGAAAACUGUAUGUAUUUGUUCUACCUAGUGUUAUUUCUUUAUGUUGGUGUAUGUUAUUUCUUUCUAAAUAUUUUUGUACACUUAAAAAUAUAUUGUCAGCAGCAUCCUUCA